ACGUAGCAGGCACCAUGUCGCCAAUAGUCGUCAGUUGUAGAAAUGGCAGCGUUGAGACAGGAGCAUCGGUAUGGGCUCUCCUGUGGCCAAAUCAACAAAAACAACCCGAAUCAAACUCUUUUUCACGUCAAACUCACGGACACUGCCAUCCGGACCCUCGAAGCCUACCAGAACCUCAAGGCAUCACUAUCAAAUCAGCCAGCGAUUUGCUUCAAGGGGAGCCAGGGGUACGUUAAGAUCCCGGCGCCGACACCAGAGUCUCCUGAUGAAUUCAGAGUCUUCUCGUUCUACCUUUCCAGCGACAGCAAAGACAAACCUCAGUCCAGCUUCGACUGCAUUCACCAGUAUGUCUCAGGGGAGGGCAGGGAUCAUCUGGAGGGCCAGGGCAGCAUUCAGGAUAAGAUCACAGUGUGUGCCACCGAUGACUCCUACCAGGCGACCCGGGAGCGCAUGUCUCAGGUGGAGAAGGACAUUUGGAGCCGCUCAGCAAUUGAGAUAAAGCCGGGACCAAGUAAGUGCGUGAAGGUCCAGAGGAAACAGGGUUUGGUAUCAGGCUCAGAUAGCAACAACAAGCACUCCCCCAGCAAUAAGAGGAACCUGGUUCCCAGCCCUGUGGCACACCGGCCCUUAAGGGAUCGCAUCAUUCAUCUCUUGGCCUUAAAGCCCUACAGGAAACCUGAGCUGCUACUGUGGUUGGAGAGGGAGCGCUCCAGUCCAAAGGACAAGGCUGACCUGACCUCCGUGCUGGAUGAGGUUGGUAAGCUAAUCCCUAAAGACCAAAGCUACUCCCUCAAGGAUGAGCUCUACAGAAACGUCCAGAGAGAAUGGCCCGGAUAUCUAGAGGAGGAGAAGCAACUCAUCCAUAGGCUCUUGCUCAGGAAACUUCAGCCACUCGGCAAUAGCCAGUUGAGGAGUCCCCAGUCCAACCAUUCACUCCUCAAAACUCCCGGGGACUCUCCUUCACAUCUUAGUCCUGCCAAGAGUCUCCCCGUGAAACGUCCAUUGCCCUCAGAUUCAUCCAACUGCCAGACCCCCAAAAAACAAAGACUAUUAGACCAGUGUUUGCCUCUGUAUUCGCCGUCUCAUGCAGAGUACGGCACCAAUGGGGCUCUUAGUUCCUCCAGUCAUGGAAACUCUAGAGUACAGAUUAAACUGGAGUUCGACAAAACCAGCAAUCAUCUCCAGGGGAGUCCAAACGGUCUGUACUCGCCACACAAACUCAGCGGGUCAUCUGCUAUUCCCAAACUGGAGAGGACAGGGCCAGCUCCUACUACAACAAGCCCUAAGCCCCCACAAACUGACUCGUCCCUUUGCACUGAUCAACAACCUACCAACGGACAACAUAAGAAGAAGAGGUCCAAAAAGCACAAAGACAAAGAACGAGAGCGCUUAAAACCAGACUGGAUUGAGAAAAGCCCGAACCUGAAGCAGAACCGAGAAAAUCUUAAAGACCAGGAAAGAGAGAAAACACCUGUCAAUCGGACCUCCGCAGAGGAACUUCCCGACUAUUUAAUAAAAUACAGCGCCAUAAAAGCACUGGAGCAGCGCCAAGAGUAUAAAGACGACUUCUGUGCAGAGUAUGACGAAUACAGAGCUCUCCAUGAUCGGAUUGGGGCGAUCACAGAAAUGUUUGUUCAGUUGGGCUCAAAGAUCAACACCCUCUCUCCAGGAACACAAGAGUACAAGCUUAUGGAGGUCCAAAUACUACAAAAGUACCGCAAGUAUAAGAAAAGGUUUCCUGGCUAUCGGGAAGAGAAGAAGCGAUGCGAGUUCCUCCAUCAGAAACUGUCGCAUAUCAAAGGCCUGAUCACAGAUUACGACCAAGCACAGGGACUCUCCUAGUAACCGGUUUCUACCCCUGCAGGGGUAAUAUGACUGGACAAAAAAAAGACUCCUAAUGGACCCAAAGACUUCCCAACUUGGUCCUGCAGUCGCUGAGACACUGUUCACUUUACUUCUCCGAGUGUAAAUGGAAUCGAGGAGCGAGGUUCUUUUUCAUGAGUGGUUUUCGACCACCGACUCGUGAUCAAAUGUUGCCCUUUAAUGUUACUAGGAUUAUUGCUGGAUUUUCUUCUGCUGUAAAAGUGAAAGCCAAAUCUAUUUUUCUGAAAGGCAAAGCAGAUGUGAUCCUUCCUGCUCAAUUGCAUUUUUAUUUGAUCCUUUAUGUUGUCGGAACUAGGAAGAAAUGUGUUUAAAAAAACAGAGUAUUAAAUUAAUGGUACAAUCAAUCAUAGGUGGAAACAAAUGCUACUAAAGUCUUUAUAUUUAACACACAAAGGAAUCUAUUCAUUUGCUGUUUGCUGACCAAAAGUCAACACCUUCAGUCACUUAAUUGACCUUAAUUGUCCGUUUGUAACAAUGUAUCCUCCUUCAGACCAAAAUGGUAUCUCCCUUCAGACCAAAUGCUUACACAAUGUUAUUGGCCAUGGAAAAAAUGUUUAAAAAGACACACAAAAAAGAUCCCAAAAUGAACUUUGAAGCAAUAUAAACAAAGUCCUGUGGGCUUUGACCAUAAGGAAUUUCACCAUGUAGCUUUCUGCCAACGUCCUAUGUAAUUUCUAAGGAAUGUUGGAAUGUCACAAAACCACUCCUCCCAGUACCUGAAUGCUGGUUUCAAGAUGGUGAUUGUGCACAUCUAGUUAAAUUCACCCACAUGUAGCCUAUCACAAACUGCCUUUUCUUUAUCAACUCCGUCAAGUGUUGUUUACUGGUUACAGGCCCGUAAGUAAUCAUGCGAUAUUUAUGCUUAACGACUACAAGCUCUAUGAAACUUAACCCUUUACUUUACAUGCAGUUUUAAACAAAAGAAGCUUAGAGGGCAUUUUAUCUUGUUAACGCAUCGAUUCACUACUACUUUGCUUGAGUUAAAGUAUUGGGAUGGAUUGCAGUGGAGAGGCCCACGGGUACAGCGAGCACCACUUGGGUUCACUUUGGUGCAAGGAGCAGGCCAACCUCCAGAGGCUGCUAGCAACACGUUUGGUGAGACCCAUUUCAGACUUUCCCACAUCUGAAGAACCCCAAACUGUACAUUUAUUUCUCCUUGUAAUUAGCUGUAGCCUUAAGUAGGAAAUAGAGAUCAAAUUUCAGUGUUCUCUGUUUUCUCUCUGACAUUUGCAUUAAUGUAGCUGCCCUCACAACAGUUGUCUUAAUGAUGGCUCAAAAUAUGAGAUGAUGAAGCUAAUAUUUGCCUUAACAUGUAUGCCGGACAUUUCCAACAUUUCUCAGACCUUGCCUGUAAAUGUCUCUUAAGUUUGAAGGAAUUUCAGUUACUGGAUAGUUGUUACUGGCUAGUCGUUGUUUGGUCUAUUGAUUUUCUUUGUGUGUUCGUGAAUCGGUUUCUACUUCUGUCAGAUAAUCAUGAACUGUUGAGGAAUAUAAUUUAAUGUUUAAUCCAGUCAAGCACCACUAUCAAAAGAAAAAAUCAUUGCACAAUAAUGUGCUCUUCAAUGAAAAUACUGGGAUUAUUGUCAAAUAUUUAACCGCUUUUUUGAAAGACGUAAAUGUACUUUUAACUUUUUUACAUUUGGUUGGUUACUUCUGGUUUGUUUGAAGGAUUUGAGACUAGCAACAGUUGUUGUGUCUUGGCACAUAUGAACAAUUUGAGGAAAGAAAUAUUUAUUAGCACUGACUAUUUGAAAUAUUAGAAUUGUUAGGACAGAUUUUGACCUUUUAAGUAUCAUAAAAGCUAAAAAUGCUGGAUUCUUGAAACUCCAAUACAACUACAGACAUAUUUUGGCUGUGAAUCUUUUCUCGGGACCAGAGGUCGCACUAUUUUACAAAUCUUUUCUCAGUAUGCUGUUUGACGAGCUCAGCGAAUGUGCCACAAAGCUCCACCCAGCUAGAGGAAAAGGUCUGAUCAGUCGUAAAGUAUAAAAAGUACAGUGUUUGGUACUGGAACUGGAAAUCCAUGGCUGCAAUUAUUUUAAAAAAAAGAAAAGAGCACAAGGCCUGCUCUGAUGAACAAAGUAAUUUAUUUGCUCCACGGAAAGUUUCAUUCAAAACAGAAAGAUACUGAAACAGCGUUUUGAGGCUGUUGGGAUGUCAAAAUAUCAGUCUAAUCAGUAUGAAGAUACCAUUCAUGUUAAUAUAAUGUUUCGGGGAACUAGACUCUUGGUGUCAGAGGCCCCUCAAGUGCUAACUGUGAUGUUGUUGUUUUUUACUGUUGAGGGAGCGAACUACUGACUGUGCCUUUUUCAUUCAAAGAGCAGCAUGUAACUAUCAUUGGUAUUCUGGAAAGAAAUCAACAUUGGCCAACAGUAUUUACACAUCUGUAGUUUCACACUGGUGCCAAUUUUCAAAGUGCUUUUUUCAACGUUUUUUUAAAUUUGAUUUGAUAUGAGAUGCCUUUAAAAUGUACAGUGUAUUCACACUUACAUUUUGGAAGCAUUUUAGAAAUGUGAGGUUUUCUGGGACACAAAUUAAACAGCAUUUAAUGUAAGCUAUUGGGAAGUAUAUUUGGAAGAAUGAGUAGGAUUUGGUUUGCAUUUUUUUCCAGCCCAGUAAACUAUCUACACAGAUGUAAUAAUGGUAAAUUGAACUGGUUUGUUGGUACUGGAAAAAUGGAAAACAAUUGUGUCAAAAGAAAUGUGAAAUCAACUAUGUUGCCUAUUAUUAACCCCUGCGAUUGAUCUACUUAGAACAAAUGAGUGUAUUUAUUGCUUUGUAUGCAUUUGUCCUUUUAUGGGAUUCAUCUUCAUUCUCUUCAACAAAACUCAAAGUACGGUUAAAGGGAAAUUGAAUAUAUUUUUGCAAUUUUUGAUGGUGGAUGAUUUAUCAAUCAUCUUCUUGAGAAAAGCUUUCAGAAAAACAGGUGUAUUGUUGUCUCUGUCUUAAUAAAUAAUAAAGCUCUUUUGAA